AGACUUAAAACCCUAGGACAAAAGCCUCCAUUUCUGCUAACUAGAGAAAGGUCUGUGAGGCAGCAGUCAGAACAGGGGCGCCGGAGUAUAUUGUAGAGGCAUACAAAAAAAUGGCGGACAAAGCAGUGACAAUUAGAACAAGGAAGUUCAUGACCAAUCGUCUUCUUGCAAGGAAACAAUUCAUUAUCGAUGUCUUGCAUCCGGGAAGAGCCAAUGUUUCCAAGGCCGAGUUGAAAGAGAAAUUAGCAAGGAUAUAUGAGGUGAAGGAUCCAAAUGCAAUCUUUGUGUUUAAGUUCAGGACCCACUUUGGAGGAGGAAAAUCUACUGGUUUUGGCUUGAUCUAUGAUUCUGUAGAGAAUGCAAAGAAAUAUGAGCCAAAGUACAGGCUGAUCAGGAAUGGAUUAGACACAAAGGUCGAGAAGUCUAGGAAGCAGAUGAAGGAGCGGAAGAAUAGAGCCAAGAAAGUACGCGGUGUCAAGAAGACGAAGGCAGGAGAUGCGAAGAAGAAAUGAUCUGCCAGGAACAGUUCCUUUAAACCAAAUGCAGAAAUGUUUGCCGUAUUUUGUGUUUCUCUGGACAUUUAUGCCGAAUCCUUUCAGUUUUGGUUGAGUCACGCAAAUUAAAUUUGCUUGUUUAUGUGCUAGUUUUUCUAAACUUAAGAGAAUUUGGGUGAGUGUAGCUUUUUUCCUAACAUGUUCUCUGUUUUAUAAUUACCAUAUCAAAUGUUCGGACAAGGAAUAUGAUUAGGAAACCAACUUAUCGAAUAGAAACAGUUUGUUCUGGAUGA